GCAUGAGAGAAUAAUUUUCAGUUUCAAAUUAACAAUUACUGUGUAUACUGUCGUUUUUUUUAUAUUUUAUUAUUAAUUUACUGAUACAUUUCUCCAAUAAAUAAAUCGAAGCCUUAAUAAAAUAACAUGAGUUCCGCUGAAUACUAUCCCUUCAAGUGCACUCCAACUGUUUAUCCAGCCGAUCCUUUCGAUCCAGUUGAGGAUGCCGCCAUUUUGCGCAAAGCGAUGAAAGGUUUUGGCACUGAUGAGAAGGCCAUUAUUGAGAUAUUGGCUCGUCGCGGUAUAGUGCAACGUCUCGAAAUUGCUGAAGCAUUUAAGACAUCUUACGGCAAAGAUUUAAUUUCGGAUUUAAAAUCGGAAUUGGGUGGACGUUUCGAGGAUGUUAUUGUGGCCUUAAUGACUCCAUUACCUCAAUUUUAUGCUCAAGAAUUGCACGACGCCAUUUCGGGCAUGGGUACCGAUGAGGAAGCGAUCAUCGAAAUACUCUGCACUCUGUCCAAUUUUGGCAUUAAAACUAUUUGUCAAUUCUAUGAGCAAAGUUUUGGUAAACCGCUAGAAUCUGAUUUGAAGGGCGAUACUUCCGGGCAUUUUAAACGUCUAUGCGUUUCUUUGGUUCAGGGUAAUCGCGAUGAAAAUCAGGGUGUUGAUGAAGCCGCUGCUGUAGCCGACGCUCAGGCUUUGCAUGAUGCUGGUGAAGGUCAAUGGGGCACGGAUGAAUCAGUGUUCAAUUCAAUUUUGGUAACCCGUUCCUAUCAACAAUUACGGCAGAUAUUUUUGGAAUAUGAGAAUAUUGCCGGCCACGAUAUUGAAAAAGCCAUUAAGAAAGAAUUUAGCGGUGCCGUAGAGAAAGGUUUCCUCGCUAUUGUAAAAUGUUGCAAAUCAAAAGUUGAUUACUUUGCUGAACGUUUAUAUGAUUCCAUGCAUGGUUUAGGGACUAAAGAUAAGACUUUAAUACGCAUCAUUGUCAGCCGUUCCGAAAUUGAUUUGGGUGACAUUAAAGAAGCAUUCCAAAAUAAAUAUGGUAAAAGCUUGGAAUCCUGGAUUAAGGACGAUUCGCAAUCUGAGAUCGGUUACUUGCUAGUAACAAUGGUGGCUUAUUAAAUUUAUAUAAAAUCCAAGCAGAGAACAUAACUACUUCCACUCAUAGUAGCCAAAAAUUUUUCUUUGAUUUGAUAUUCUUCAUAAACACUAAUUGAAUGACAUCAAUAUUAUGUGAAUGUAUUUAAUUUGUAAUGAAAUGUGUUACGAAUUCUCUUCUUUUUUUUCCAACUUUAUUAUAUUUUUAUUAUGUGUAAUAUAUAU